AUGGGAGAUGGUGUAAAACCUUUAAUGACAACUCUUUAUAAGGACACAGCAGUUCAUAGAAGUUCUAAAGAUACUGAGUCUUCUCUGACAUCUUUAGAAGGAUCAUCAUAUUCAAAGAAGCCAGCGUCUAGUAAGAAGAUAGCAUUCAACCCUGUUCCUGUCCAGAUAUCAGAACGGAUACACGAGGUUCUGAAAUCUUCAAAGAGUGGUGUUAAAGCUUCUGAUAUUCCCACGAAAUACAAGAAUUACUUUAAUGAGGACCUACCAUGGCAGUCUUUAGGGUAUGCUAGCAUUGUGGAGAUGUUGUUUGAGAUGACAGAUAUUGCUGACUUAGAGAAACCAACAAAAGAUGGAGAGUAUCUUGUCUUUGCUAAAAAACAAGACGCUGCUGGUAUUUCUGCAGCAACUGCAUUAAUCAAAAAGCCCACAUCCAUUCCUGAAACAUUGUCACUGCUAGUGCGUAGAAUAUUAGAAGGGUCUCCACCUGUUCCUGUUCACCAGUUUCCAAAGUUUUUUGAGAAAAUAACAACCAGGGAGCUCCCACUGAUUGAGUAUGGCUUCAGUACAGUUGAAGAGUUCCUAGCUUGCAUACCAGAGAUUAGUAUAAUUGAAGAUGAGAAAAAGGAGAAAGUUAUUAAAGUGACACAGCCUGAAAAGGAAGCUAAGAAAGAGGAUGAAGUAGCUACUGAGGGAAAGACACUCUCAGAUACUUGUACUGCUAAAAAGGCUCUAAACUGUUUGGUGUGUAUGUAACAUAUGUGAAGACACCAAGUUACCUGUGUAUACAGAUAAUAGGAGAACAGACAACACAAGCUCUUGAUUCACUGCAUGAUGACAUGGCUCACUUUUAUAAUGGAAUAAGUGGUGACAAGCUAGUGGUGUCUA